AUGUCACUGGUGGGUAAACCGUUGACGUAUAAAAAUUACAGCACAGAUAAGAAAUUUCGACGUGUUCAAAGUAAAGUUCAUAAUUUUUUAGAACGACCGCGAGGUUGGAAAGCAGCUGCUUAUCAUUUUGCUGUGUAA